AUGAUCAAAGAUUUGCGACUAUGCGCGGGUGAGGUAAACUGGCAAUUCUGCCGGAUCGACGGAUCGAGCGGCUGCAGCCUCCGCAUAUUCCGUAUGGAGCAAGCGACCGACCAUGCUGGACGGGACAGCGCCCUCAUUGGCGGUAGCGGACUCCUGCUUAUCGCUCAUGAGGUCUUAUUCCUGUGCAGCGCGAGUCUGGACAUCGUCGAUGAUCACGGAGGUUACGAAGUCACCCUCCCUGCUAGCACCGACAUCACCGGACAGACAUCACCGGACAGCGCCCUCGUCAGCUCCUGCUUGUCGUUCCUGAGGCCUCACUCCUGCGUUGUGGGGACCCGAAGAUUUUUGAGGGUGAUUGAGUUUCCCGAAGUCAUCCUCCCAGCUAUCAACGACACCGGCAGAGAUUGA